AUGAAGGAGAUCAUCUUACUCUUACACCUAGAAAAAAAAAUUCCAUUGGAUCCAAAUUUUAUCCUAGUAGAAGAUGGUGAUUCUAUAUCAUCAUCAUCAUCUAGUGGUGAUGAAUUAGUUGAAGAAUUAAUUGAUUUUGAUGGCGAUGACAAUGAUCAAAAACAGCGAGUUAAAAGAGGAGCAACUACAACAUCAUCAGCUUCGUCGUCAGCAUUCCUCAGACGUAUUAUUUUAUCCAUUACACCAUCACCAAAACAAUAA